AUGUUGUGUAAUAUUAUUUUGUUGAUCUUUUAUUUGAGAUUUUUUAAAUGCAUUUCGAAAAAUAAUAAAAAUGAAUACUUAUAUUUAAAUGGCUUCUCAAGUAUUACGAAUAACUAUAACCAUUUAAGAAGCAAAAAAUAUAUGUUGUAUUCAACAAUUGAAAUAAAGAUGCCUGCACUCUCUAGUACUAUGACAACAGGGAAAAUUGUUAAGUGGAAUAAAAACAUAGGAGACUAUGUUAAUCUAGGUGAUAUCAUCAUGACUGUCGAAAGUGACAAAGCGGACAUGGACGUUGAAGCGUUUGAUGAAGCGAAUGUUGGUGAUACCCUGGGAGUUCUAACUACGGAAGAGAAUGAACAACUUGAUGAAAAGGAGUCUAACCAAAACGACAGCAAUAUUGUAGAGGGUAAGGUAGAAGAAGGGGGGGAUGAGGACAAACAAGCAGAAUCAAACAUAUACAAGAAAAAAUCGCACGUUAAUGCGCGCAGCGAACAUGUAAAUGAGGAAAAAAUAUUUAUUCCUUUUAUAAGAAGCAAAAAGAAUAUGAUAAGAAUAAACAAGUGGAUGGUCAAAGAAAAUGAAUUUAUAAAUAAAGACGAGGUCCUCAUGCACGUCGAGGAUGAUAAAAGCACAAUAGAGGUGAAGAGCCCUUACUCAGGUGUUAUCAAAAAUAUAAUAGUGAAAGAGGGAGAGUUCGCACCCAUAAACGAGGAAGUAGCCAUUAUUUCUGUUAAUAAGGAAGCGGAUAAAUCGAAUAGCACUCAAAAUGCACAUAAUAAUUAUGUCAAGAAAAAUAUCGGUGUAAAUGAAAAUGACAUAUUAACAUACUACAAAAAUAAGAUUAAUGGCACUAUUGAAGGAGCACAUUUUUUGAAAAAUUUAACCCCGGACAACGAAAAAAUAUUGGAAGAAAGGCUCAAACUAAAUUAUGACAAAUAUAAUCACACGUUGAGCGAUUUUUUCAGGUCAACUGAAAGUGCUAGCACAUGUAGCACAGUAGCUGAAGAGGAGAUAAGUAAACAGCAUGAUGUAAAAAUUGUGCUUCCAUCUGCAGCCGAGCUGAUGAGUCAACAUAAAAUAAAACCAAGUGAUAUCACAAACACAAAAGUUUUCAAUCGAAUAACAUACGAAGAUGUGGACGCCUUUUUGAAAAAUAAAAAAAGCACUAUAGUUAAGGACAUAUCAACACCACAAAAGGAAAAAUUAGUUGAACUAACAACCAUUCAGAAGUCCAUAAAAAAUAAUAUGAUGCAAACGUUAAGUGUUCCUGUUUUCCGUGUUACGCAUUUAAUAAAAACAAAUGAAUUGCUUAAAUUAUAUGAACAAGUGAAAAACAAAAUUAGUAUGAGUGUUAUAUUAAACAAAUGUAUAUCAACUGUGUUAGUGAAACACCCCUUAAUUUACUCUACUUAUAUUGACAAGGACCAGGGAAAAAUACUGUACAAUGACGACGUCAAUAUAGGAAAUGCGCUAGGCUUAGAGGACUCACUUUUAACGCCAGUACUCAAGCAAGUUGAUAAAAAGGAUAUAUAUACCCUGUCCGUUGAAUGGAAGAAGCUAGUUGAAAAGGGGAAAAACGGCUUGCUCACGUCAAAUGACAUGUCGGGCAGUAAUUUCUACAUUUCGAACUUAGGGAUGUUUAAUACCUAUCAAUUUGAUGCGAUAUUACCAAAAAAUGCAUCAUGUAUAUUAUCUGUUGGAACAAAUAUUACAAGCUUUGAAAAUUUAGAAUAUUUGAAAAUUCAAAAAGGUAUGUUAAUGACUUUAACCUGUGACCAUAGGCACAUUUACGGCUCCCAUGCAGCAACUUUUAUGAAAGACUUAUCAAUAUUUAUUGAGAAGGAUAUUAUGCAAAUAUUUUUAUAA